AUGUCUACACUCGCUUCUGCUGACUAUAUGGCGUUGCUCGAAAAGGCGGCUGCCUCCAUCAGAGAAAAGCUUUCCUCUUUUUCGAACACUCCGAUCACCAAACCCAGAGUGCUCAUCAUAUGUGGAUCUGGCUUAGGCGGCAUUGCCAACACAUUGGCACCUGAACCACGUUUGGAGAUUCCCUACGGAGAAAUCCCGGGCUUUAGAACAUCUACAGUUCCAGGCCAUGCUGGAAAGCUCAUUUUCGGCACAAUUGGCGAAAACAAGGUGCCAGUGGUUUGCAUGGUUGGAAGGUUACAUUUUUAUGAAGGCUACACUUUCCAGGAGACAACCUUCCCUGUCAGGUUGUGCAAGCUUUUGAAUGUCCAGACCGUGGUAGUAACAAACGCUGCUGGUGGCGUGAAUGAGAAGUACAAACCUGGCGAUUUGAUGAUUAUAGAAGACCACAUCAACUUUCCUGGUCUUGCAGGCUUCCACCCCUUGAAAGGGCCCAACUUGGAAGAGUUCGGUCCUAGAUUCCAACCUCUUUCAGAUGCAUACAGCCACGAGUUGCGCCACUUGUUUUUCAAAAAAGCUAGUCAGUUGGGCGUUACGCGUGCUAUUCACGAGGGAACCUAUUUUUUUGCGGCCGGUCCAACCUUCGAGUCUAGAGCAGAGGUCCGCAUGAUCCGCACUUUGGGCGGUGAUGUUGUGGGCAUGUCGACUGUUCCUGAAGUCAUUGUCGCCCGUCACUGUGGCAUGGAUGUGUUAGCAUUAUCGCUCAUCACCAAUGCUGGUUUGGGCGAGAAGCCUCCUAGUGCGUUCGAAGAGAAGCCCAAGCCAUUAGACGAGGGCAUGGCUUCUCACGAUGAAGUUUUGGAGAGUGCCAACGAAGCAUCCAAGGACGUCCAGGCAAUCUUUACAGCUACUAUCAACGAGAUGUGA